CGAGCCGCGCCACCCUGCUGUCCCCGCCCCGGAGGCGGAGCCGGGGUCCGAGCCUGCGGAAAUCACUCCGGGCCGCGUUCCCGGGCUCCUGCGUCCACGCCCCCAGUUCGGUGAGACCCGACCCGCGGGUCCCGGGCCGCGCAUGGCAGCAGGUGCAGCAAGGGCAGCGCACCGGGCCGCGGCCAUGGCGCGCGGAGACGCCCCGCGGGACAGCUACCACCUGGUGGGCGUCAGCUUCUUCAUCCUGGGGCUGGGCACCCUGCUGCCUUGGAACUUCUUCAUCACCGCCAUUCCGUACUUCCAGGGGCGGCUGGCAGGCACCAACAACACUGCUGAGACGCUAGGCGCCAACCACACAGCCCCCGAGGACACCUUCAACUUCAACAACUGGGUGACACUGCUGUCACAGCUACCCUUGCUGCUGUUCACUCUCCUCAACUCCUUCUUGUACCAGUGCAUCCCUGAGGCCGUGCGCAUCCUGGGCAGCCUGCUGUUCAUCCUGCUGCUCUUUGCCCUGACGGCGGUGCUGGUCAAGGUGGACAUGAGCCCGGGGCCCUUCUUCUCCAUCACCAUGGCCUCCGUCUGGUUCAUCAACUCCUUCUGUGCAGUCCUGCAGGGCAGCCUCUUCGGGCAGCUGGGCAACAUGCCGUCUACCUACAGCACCCUCUUCCUCAGUGGCCAGGGCCUGGCUGGCAUCUUUGCUGCCCUCGCCAUGCUUCUGUCCAUGGCCAGUGGUGUGGAUGCCCGGACUGCUGCCCUGGGCUACUUCAUCACACCCUGCGUGGGCACCCUCCUGUCCGUUCUGUGCUACCUGAGUCUGCCCCACCUGGAGUUUGCUCGCUACUACCUGGCCAGAAAACCACCGCUGGCCCAAAGCCAGGAGCUGGAGACCAACGCCGAGCUCCUGGAAUCUGACGAGAAGAAUGGGAUUCCCAAGAGCCCCCAUAAGGUAGCCCUGACUCAGGAGAUUGACCUUGAGAAAGAGCCGGAGAUGGAAGCCAUGGAGCCCCAGAAGCCUGAAAAACCUUCUAUCUUUGUUGUCUUUCAAAAGAUCUGGCUGAUGGCGCUGUGCCUUGUGUUGGUCUUCACAGUCACCCUGUCUGUCUUCCCCGCUAUCACAGCCAUGGUGACCAGCUCUACCAGUCCCGGGAAGUGGAGUCAGUUCUUCAACCCCAUCUGUUGCUUCCUCCUUUUCAACAUCAUGGACUGGCUGGGCCGGAGCCUGACCUCCUAUUUCCUGUGGCCCACCGAGGACAGCCGGCUGCUGCCCCUGCUGGUCUGCCUGCGCGUUCUGUUUGUGCCUCUCUUCAUGCUGUGUCACGUGCCCAAGAAGUCGCGGCUGCCCAUCCUCUUCCCGCAGGACGCCUACUUCAUCACCUUCAUGCUGCUCUUCGCCAUCUCCAAUGGCUACCUCGUGUCCCUCACCAUGUGCCUGGCACCCAGGCAAGUGUUGCCCCACGAGAGGGAAGUGGCCGGUGCCCUCAUGACCUUCUUCCUGGCCCUGGGGCUUUCCUGUGGCGCCUCCCUCUCCUUCCUCUUCAAGGCUCUGCUCUGAAGUCCUCCAUCCGGGUCUCGACCUUCUCCAUCACUGCCCCUCCUGGAGCCAGACACAGCUGGGCUGGAGCCCACAGUCUGAACACCAGGGGAGGACAGGUCCUGUCCUAUCGCCCUGGCUGUUGGCCACUCUGGCUGCUGUAAGAAACUCUCCCACCCAGGAAAUCCUUCAAGGGUGGGUGUGGACAUACGGACACAGACCUCCGAAGGGUGACCAUCUGGAAACCAAGGGCCCUGGGCCUGGCUCUUCCUCACCAUCAGAAGAGUGGCGUGCGCCUCCAGACACCCACCUGCCAAUUGCCGGGGAUCAGAGACCAACAGCCAGCCUGGCUCGGACCUGGGUGUGGCCUCAGACUCAGGUUCAGAGCUGGAGGUCAGGGCAAGGAUUCUUGGGGACCCCCUUGGUCAAGGUUCUUGGACAACAGCAAACCAUGCUGGGAACCAGUGCACUGAGGAGGGAGCCUGUCUUGCCACGCGGCCCGAGUUCGAGCCCCGCACCACACAAAGGAAGUGCUGUCGCUACAGGGCUGUGGAUGAUCCAAUGUACCUCGGGGACCAUCAGCAGUGUUUUGAUUUUGCCAGCACUACCCAGUUCCCCAGAGCUGAGUGUGUGCUAGAUUUUGCUGAGCUCAUCCACACCUGUUCUCACUGAAGUUACCUUGGGGCCCUUGGGGGUUGGGGGGGCGGCAGGUCCGGGAUUGUGGUCUCUGUACAGAGGAAGACACCACGUCCCAGUGGAAGUGUCCACUUUUGGGUGAGCCAGGACCACCCACCUCCCUCCUCCCUGUAAGUGCUGUCCCUCCUGCCCCGUUAUCCAGGGCCUCAGGGCAGGAAGGUCCAGCACUCACUCCCCAUUUUUAGCUAUUUCUCCCUCUGACCCGCUCCCCAGUCUAAUAACAACCCUCUUUGUAGGAUGGGCUGUAUUGCGUCUUCAUUUGCCAGGGGUUUUCACCUCUGUUGACCUUGAUGGUGCUGGAGGGGGUUGUGAAAAGACUACCCAUUUCACAGGUGUGGUGGCUGAGGCCCUGAGAAGACAGGGGUUUGUGCGUUUCCUAGGGCUGGGUCCUCUCAUCACAGAAGGGCCGAGGGGGUUGGCCUGCCAGGGGCUAUGAUGACUGGCAGAGCCCCUUGUCUGCACAGGACUUACUCUGGUCCCUGCACUGGUGGCUGCUGCCUCCCUUCCUCUCAGAAACGGCCUCAGAGAGCCCUAGCCUGUUUCAUCCUGCUUCCAUUCUCCCCGCCCACUACCUGUCUGCCUGCUCCCCAGCAUUUUGGGAGCAGUCCCUGAGCAGCUAACUGUGUGGCCAGUAGAGCCAGGCCAGGGCCCUGCUCAGGAGCCAGAGGCUGAUUGCUAUCAAAGGAAGAGAAGGCCAGGAAAUAGCUCCAAAGUAGAGCACAUGCCCUCCAUGCAUGAGGUCUGGGAUUCAACCUGACCCUUGGCACCACACAAGAGCACUGUGGAUGGCACCAAGGGGACUCCAUGGGUGGUGGGCUGGUGCUGUGGAGUUUCUGCCACUCCCUCUCUCCCUCUCUCUCUCUCUCUGAAAAAAUAUUGAAUAAUUUUUGACUGGGAGACAGCUCAGCAGUAUCUUGUAUAUUUGAAGUACUGGAUUCAUUCUCCAAUUUUUUUUUGUAUCAUUUUUUAAAUUUCUUUAUUGGGGAAUGAAUGUUUUACAUUCAACAGUAAAUAUAAUAGUUUGCACAUGCAUAACAUUCCCCAGUUUCCCAUAUAACAAUACAACCCCCACUAGGUCCUCUGUCAUCCUUCUUGGGCCUGUAUUCUCCCCACCCACCCACCCCAGAGUCUUUCACUUUGGUGCGAUAAGCCAAUUCCAUUUCAGGUUCUACUUGUGUUUUCUUUUCUGAUCUUGUUUUUCAACUUCUGCCUGAGAGUGAGAUCAUCCCAUAUUCAUCCUUCUGUUUCUGACUUAAUUCACUUAACAUGAAUUUUUCUUAAUAAAUUUUUAUUUAUUUAUU